CUCUCUCUCUCUCUCUCUCUCUCUGCGAAACCCUCAAGCACCAGGCAACGAGGGGCGACGGAGAAAAGCCUCUUCAGCUCGCUUGGCGACCCCGCGGUUGGACUGUCGCUGCUCGAGGAGAUGGAGAAGGAGGACGCGGCCGCGAAGCCCAACGGCGGCGGCGGCGGGCGGUACGUGCAGUACAACGUCCUCGGCAACCUCUUCCAAGUGCCUUCCAAGUACGUCCCUCCGGUUCAGCCCGUCGGUCGCGGCGCGUACGGCGUCGUCUGCUGCGCGACGGAUGCGGAGACGAAGGAAGAAGUCGCGAUCAAGAAGAUUGGUAAUGCUUUCGAUAAUAGGAUCGAUGCGAAGAGGACGCUUCGGGAGAUCAAGCUCCUUUGCCACAUGGACCAUGACAAUAUAAUCAAAAUCAAAGACAUCAUCAGGCCCCCGAACAGAGAAAGCUUUAAUGACGUUUAUAUUGUGUACGAGCUAAUGGAUACCGAUCUGCAUCAGAUCAUCAGGUCAAGUCAGGCCUUGACGGAUGAUCACUGUCAGUAUUUCCUCUAUCAGUUGUUGCGGGGACUGAAGUACGUGCACUCUGCCAAUGUUCUGCACCGCGAUUUGAAACCAAGCAACCUGCUUCUUAAUGCAAAUUGUGAUCUCAAGAUCUGUGAUUUUGGCCUCGCAAGAACCACUUCAGAGACUGAUUUCAUGACUGAAUACGUGGUAACCAGAUGGUACAGAGCUCCUGAAUUGCUUCUUAACUGCUCAGAGUAUACUGCAGCCAUCGAUGUUUGGUCUGUGGGUUGCAUCCUCAUGGAAAUCGUUACUAGGGAGACACUUUUUCCUGGCAAAGAUUAUGUUCAACAGUUGGGGCUUAUAACUGAGCUUUUAGGAUCCCCAGAUGAUUCGGAUCUCGGAUUUCUGAGGAGCGAUAAUGCUCGCAAGUACGUGAAGCAACUUCCAUAUGUCUCAAAGAGGUCCUUUUCCCAGAAGUUUCCGAAAGUUUCCCCCUUGGCCAUAGAUCUUGCAGAGAAAAUGCUGGUAUUCGAUCCUAGCAAGCGCAUAACAGUCGAGGAAGCUUUGAACCAUCCAUACCUCUCAAGCCUCCAUGAGAUCAACGAGGAGCCCACUUGCUUGUCCCCCUUCGUCUUCGAUUUUGAACAUGCAUCCUUGAAUGAGGAAGAUGUCAAGGAGCUUAUAUGGUUGGAGUCUUUGAAUUUCAACCCAGACGAGAAGUCGGAAUGACUGUGUGGUUGCUCGUUCCCAUCUUUUCACUGGAGAUGUUUUGUUGCGAUUUUGACACAGUGUGUAUUCCAUAUGCGAUGAGAUUUGGCGUGCAAGAGUAGAUAGAGAUUUGGUUUGUCUUCCAUUGGUGGUGUGGCAUGAUAGCUUGCUUGCGAGAUCACGAUACAGAAGCAUCAAUCGUUCGAGUCGGCGGGAAAUUUAUUUGUGCACGAUGGGGCAUUGUCCGUGCCACCGCAAGGCAUAAGAAUUGAUGGUGUUCGCAUUUGGAAGUGUUGUUGUAAGAGUGGGUAAAUGAAGAGAGUUAUUUGGUGUAUACAAUAUACAGUGAUUGUGUUUCUUGGGAGGGAAGAAAGGCCUUCCUUCUAAUUGAUAUGCUUGUGGAAGUGUACCGUAGACAGUCUGUUACACAAGAAACUCGUGUCACGGGGCGUGGACGAGGGGUUCACUGGUAAUAAAGAAUUUACUUGUAGUUGGAUUUUGA